AAGCGUGCUCCUCGCGCUCCUCCCGCUCCUCGGGCGCCAGCCGCAUCAACAACGGUCAAGUGGAUUCCUGAGCAGGACCCGAGCAACAUCUGCCCCCUAACCCGCCUCCGUGCCGACAACCCCUGUCACCGCGGUACACGAUGGCCGGCAAGGAAAGUGCGGCUCAGUCCGGAAAGCCCUCGGUGGCGCCGUCGGCUGCAAACGCGGAGAUGGCUGCGGCGACUGCGGAGGCCGUCCGUGUGCCCGUCGGCGCGGCACCCGUCGUGCCGGCCUACGUGGCUCCAGCGAAGCAGUACGACGAUGACGACGAUGACGACGCUGAUGAUGCCGGGGGAAAGCCCCAGCACAGGUCCCUCUUGAUGAAGGAGGCGAGCACCCCCGGCCCCAACCCCGCCUGCAUCUUCAGCGUGGCGCUGGUGGUCAUCACGCUGUCCGCGGUGGCCAGCUUCUACGCCCUGGAGGCGAUCAACAACUCGUCCGAGUCGCCGGCCGACACAUCGAGCACAGUUCAGGGUGCGGCCAACGUGACCACCGAUAAUCCGGCGAGGCUGGACGACGCGGAGCCAGAGACCAGCAGUGGCGCUGACUUCCUCGACGAGCAGGAAACCAUCGUCCCCGCAGGGACAACCUGACCAUUCAAUGCCGCGUGCACGGGGCAUCAAUGUUAUCUUUUGUUCUUCUAUUUUAACAACGUAUGAACUGUGUUUUAUGUCCGUAAAUUCCUAAGUACCGUA